AAUGAAAAUGUCGACUUUGCCAAAGGCUUUUGAAUCAAACGCAUCCGGCAGGAUGAACUGAGAAAAACAAAUGUUCAAACUUCCGCACGGCCGAUGUAAGCGCAUCAGCACCGCGUCCGGGCCGGCCUCCUCAAUAAGCGUUUCACCAAGAAGUGACUAAUGCUAUCAACUCGACCGCAACAUGUUUAUUCCGAGCUCGACUGGUCCUUUCCUCCACUCCAGCCCCCAAGUCAAUGGCACCUGCGGAACACCUCCAGGCGGACGACGCGAGCGCCAGCGAGAAGACAGCUGAAGGCGGAGACAAGGACGGUCUGGGCUGCGAAUCGUUCUCGACUGCAGACGCAAAGGCUGCGCUCGCCAAUGUCAACCCUGACGAUGACUUUCCGGACGGCGGGUUUCGAGCUUGGUCGGUCGUUGCUGGGGUCGUGGCGGGGAACUCGGCAACAUUUGGUUAUGUGAACGCCUGGGGUGUCUUCCAGGCGUAUUAUGAACAGAACACGCUAAAUCAUGUCAAUGCAUCUACGAUGUGCGUUCCCUCCGCUGCUAGCACUUCGUCCGCUGAUUUCCGCGAAAGUGCCUGGAUAGGAUCUAUACAAUAUUCCCUCAUAUUUUUCCCUAGUUUAAUCACGGGUCGUCUGUUUGACCUUGGAUACUUCCAAGGCCCGCUGGCUGUGUCGAGUGUGAUCCUCAUUGCAGCGACAUUCCUUGUCGCUCAGUGUAAGGAGUACUAUCAGUUUCUGCUUUGUCAGGGAAUACUCACCGGAGUAUGCUGCGGUGUCAUUUUCGGACCAAAUCUAGGUCUCGUCGGGCACUGGUUCAAACGCAAAAGAGGUCUGGCGAUGGGGAUAGCCGCCAGUGGUUCGUCGAUCGGAGGAACAGUCUUUCCUAUCGCGACACAUAAAUUGAUACCACUCGUUGGCUUCAAAUGGACGAUGCGUAUAUGCGCAUUCAUGCUACUCUUCUGUCUCGCCAUUGCCAAUCUCACCCUGAGAAGACGCUUGCCACCGAAGAACGUCGCAGGCGGGCUGCUCAACUUGAAAGCAUUCAAAUCGGCCUCCUAUACAAUAUGGUCGAUAUCGUCCCUCGUCGCCUUUCUGGGGCUGUACACCGUGCUUACGUACAUCGACGUGAGCGCCCAGUCGUUCGGGAUCUCUCCCGAAUACAGUUUCUAUCUGAUCGCGAUUGCGAACGGAUCCUCGGUGUUUGGACGACUCGGAGGCGGAAUUAUCUCAGACCGCACGGGUCCUAUGAACGUGCUGAUCCCUUCCACGCUGCUCUCAGCAGUGGUGACGUUUGUUUGGCCUCAUGUGCGAACCCAGGGCGGGUUGACUGCAAUUGCCGUCAUCUAUGGCAUGUUGUCUGGAGUUUACGUCAGCCUUUUCGCUGUCCCGCUGUUCGAGCUAGGCGAAAUAUCGGACCUGGGUCGGAGAACAGGAAUGACGUUGACAAUGACUGCAAUAGGCGCUCUCGCAGGGCCACCCAUAUCUGGAGCAGUGAAUACUGCCACUGGCGGCUACACAGCUGUCGGAUACUACGCCGGAAGCGCGAUUGUGCUUUGCGUCAUCCUUAUGCUCAUUACGAGGCACUUGGUCCUGAAGAGACUCUGGGGCAAAAUAUGAUCCAGUCUGCAUAGAUCUAGACUCAAGUGCCGAGCGCAUACCAUUAAUAUUCGGAAAAUGAAAGAAUAUAGAGACCGCAAUUCCAAGCGUCGCCUGUGCACACAGGCUGCCCAGGUGGAUCAUAUUUGCCUUGCUGGCGGCCUCCAGUCGUUUGAAAUAAGACAACAUCCUCAGGGCCUAGCGUACAUAGUGGCGACAAAGUGGCGGCCGUCACGCGUCUGUCCACGCGUCAUUGUCAGCCACAUCAAAGAUCGUUUCCAUAAGGGGAAUUCGGCGCUUCCGUUACUCACAAGGUGGUCCACCACCAUCAACCUUGCCCGCCCCCCAUCCCUUCCGCGGCAGUCUCCCCGCCACAAGUGGUUCUCACUUGCUGGCCCGGCAUUUUAAUUCUAUUUACGCUUUUCACGACUAGGCUGUUUGUUUGAAGAGCGGACGCGGUGGCAUCGGCUAGACCAUCGCUGACGAUCUUCAUCCAUCUCACGUAGCUCCCUUCCUAAACGCCUCCCCCUCUUGGGUAUCCGAAAACCGGCUGGUCCAUCUAAAUCGACUAGAUCCUGUUCAUUUCACCGGGUCGACGACGAAAUGCCAAGCUCAUCCUCAUCUCACAGCCAGGCGCGCCCGGCCUCUUCCCGCAAGAUAUCCACCGACGUUCCAGCUCCAGGGUCACAGCGUACUGCGCAUGUGCAAGCUCAGGACUCGCAACCCCACAUGCAGCCACACCAUCACCAUCAUUCCGCGUCGACGUCCAUCCCGCAUGCUCAUGUACAACCCGUGCACCCCGUCACGCAACCGCACCCGCAUUCCGCUGCACCCCUGCACCCCAUUCCCCGGCCCGAGUCACCCACGCCUUCCCCAUUAUCAUCAUUUGCCGGUGCUCCCAACUCGCCCAACACCUCGACAUCUAAACUCCCCCGUUUUCUCCAGUCGCCGACGCAGCGCGACCGCUCCAAGUCCAUGAUCGCGGACCGCCCACCGUCGACGAUUAGUACUGCUUCGAAUAUGACAAACGCAUCCAGCACCAGCAAUUCAUCAGGUGGCCGGAGAUUUCUGGGGUUGGGGAAGGAUAAGGGAUUAAAAGAGCGGGAGAGACAGAAGAUACGAGAAGCCGAGCGAAGAGAUCCCACCGCUGCGGAGCUUUUGGCUGUACAAGAUGCCGAUUCUUCGUUCACUGCUUAUGACCCUGGCCUUUCAACGGCUUCUUCUCCACCUUCAGCAUACUCCUCGGGCACGGCCCGACCACGGCCACGGACUCGGUCCGAGCGUCCCGCAUUUUCGUCCUCCACGCCGCCCUCUAGCACUUCGCCUACGUCGAGUUCGCCUGCGCUUUCUUCUUCCGGACACUCUUCACAUGGACACGAUGUGGUGCCGCGCUCGCCACGUCUCGGCGUCAGUCUUGGCGCUGGUGAGGGUGGGCUGGCAACGAGGCUGAGCGGCUGGUUCUCUCAUCUAUCGGGCAGCACCUCGGAUUUGUCGCUCACGUCGACUAUCACCGGGUCACUGGCACAUUCAGUGCACACAGCUAGUGCCUUAGCGUCCAGCCGAUCGAGUCGCAAGUCGGACUCGGGGCAAUCGAGCUCCCACACGAGCUCCAGGACGGCUAGGGCACAUCACGGGACGCCAGGCAAGGAACGGGGUGACUCCAAGGACAGCGGCCAUUCCCAGACCACCAAGUCCGGGGCUGGCAAGCUCGGCAACGGAGGUGGAAUCCUGGACAAAGCCGUGCGCUACAUCUUGGACGGAGAUACAAUUCAAGGUAGUGUCGAGAUCGAAGAAGGGGAGGAGGUAUGGUUUAUGGGUGUGCGCAUCGCGGGAGACGGAAACAACAGCGCGUCGGAAGCGUUUCAUGCUGCGUUCUACUCGACCGUUUGGUGCACGUAUCGUGCAGGAUUCGAGCCGAUCCGAGAUCUGAGUGGAUUGUCUGCAUUGCCGCCGCCGCUUGUGUUUGCGCCUGGGUCUCCUGGCGGACAUCAGCACAAUGUCUUGGCGACACCGGGUGGCGGUUCACACCAUAGCCAUGUGUCUCGCUCACCCAGUGCCAGCACUGGCAGCGAAGGCGGCUGGAGCGACGUUUCAUCCUUCUCUCAUUCGUCCCAUGCAUCGUCACAACAAUCUCAUCACUCCAAUUCGUCUCAUGCCUCGAACUCCUCGUAUUCGUCCUCAGGGUCCGGCACGAGCAGUAAGAAGCGGUGGUGGGGACUUUCCAAUAUUCCUGGAAUCGGAUCCCUCGGCACCAAGGGCUGGACAUCGGAUACCGGUUGGGGAUGCAUGCUGAGGACAAGCCAGAGUCUGCUGGCCACAGCCCUGGGUAGAGUGGGAGAGCCCUCGUUGACACCCUCCCUGCCUCCAGCCUUCCCUCCGCCUGGAUAUGCUCUUUCUCCCUCGCCAUCAGACCCUGAAUCUCCGUUGACGCCACCGCCUCCCCUCUAUUCGUCCGACCCGUUGGCCCAUGCUGCACUGGCCCACCACGCCCGACUUGUGUCGUGGUUCCUCGAUUCUCCUGCCUCACCCUUCGGAGUCCAUCGCAUGGCACUUGCGGGCAAAGCUGCCGGGAAAGAUGUUGGGAUGUGGUUCGGCCCGAAUGCAGCUGGAUCUGCUCUGCGGAUGCUCGUAGAGGCGUUCCCUGCGUGUGGGCUGGGGGUUUGUGUCGGUGCCGACGGCUCGCUGUAUCAGACAGAUGUGUUUGCGGCGAGUUGGACCCCGGGCGAGGAAACGGGCCCAAGGUCCUCUACAUCGUCAUCAUCUCAUGGGAAGAGCAGUGGGAAGGCGCCUGUCAAGCCUGAGACACGCUCUUGGGGUGAUCGACCGGUGUUGAUUUUGUUGGGAAUAAGGUUGGGAUUGGAGGGUGUCAAUCCAAUCUAUUACGAGACGAUCAAACGCUUGUAUACGUUCCCGCAAUCUGUUGGCAUCGCCGGUGGGCGGCCAUCCUCCUCGUACUACUUCGUCGGCGUGCAGGGUGACGGAUUGUUCUACCUGGACCCGCAUCAUUCGCGACCCGCUGUUCCGCUCAGGCCGUUCAUGGGCGAAGAUGACCGUGGUGGUUCGAUGAGCCCCGAAUUGGUCCAGCAGCCUGGACGGGGAGGAUCUCUUAGUCCCGAGCCUCAGCACGGUGCCGGACGGGGACAUACGCCUAUGACGGAAGAUGAGCUGUUUAUUGGGAAGCAGCCCCAGCGAUCCAAGACAGCGCCUGCAGGAGGCUUCCUAGCACCUGAGGAGGAAGCUCAUUUCUUGCGGUCGUACACCUUCGCUGAGCUUCAGACAUUCCACUGCGAGCGCGUUCGGAAGAUGCCGUUGAACGGGCUGGAUCCGAGCAUGUUGCUGGGCUUUGUUGUACGGGACGAGGCGGAGUGGCUCGAUCUUAGGAAGAGGGUGAAGGCACUCCCGCGGACAAUCUUUACGAUCUUGGACGAGCCGGUCAGCUGGCCAGGGGAUGAUGAUGACGACAUCGGAAUGGAGAGCAUAUCGGACCCAGAUGAGGAGGUUCCCGACGAGAGUGAUGUGUCUGUUGCGUCGCACGCCUUUGCCCAAACUCACGUGCACUCGCACUCGCACUCGACAACGCACUCCCAAUCAACGACGGGCACGGACGACGAUCCCGUUGCGCCGCUUACGCCACUCCCCGGAGCGCGUUUCGACAGCAAGGGCUACGCCGAGGAAGAUGACGGGGACGAUGAAUUUGUUGAUGCCACGGCGGAGAUCGAGGAUGACUGGGUUGAUCCGAUCCCGGCUAGCGAGCCUGUCGUUCCGAUCCUGAAGAAAACGCCGUCUGGUAAAGGCAGCAAGGGCAAGAGCAAAGGCAAGAAAGAACGGGCCCCGGUUCCGGUUCCGAGUGUCCAUUACCCUUUCCCUGUCUCGGGCGAGGAAUCGAAUCGGUCGACAAGCCCUCCGCCGCCGAGGGAUCGGAACGUGACUGUUUCUCCCCGGCCUGGCGGUGGCGUUGUUGAAGCUGGCAGGAUGCAUAAUGCCAGAGCUAGGGAUGGGGGCAGGACCCAGAGUGGCGGUGUUCGUGGCAUUCUCUCUGAAGACUCUUGAAGUGAGUCGCUUUCGUCUUUCUCUUCGUUCCUGUGUUACAUUUGUACAUUUAUAACAUGCUACUGUACAUAUUACAGCUCCAGAUUCCCCGUUUAGCCUAUUCUCUCACCUUACAUCCUGAUACUAUUCGAUACCCGCAAUAUCUAUUCGAUAUCAUGUCUUAUGUUUCUUGUCACUGGUAGCAGUAUGCAUCCACCUCGCCUCACUUACAGUAUCCCAUGCUAUGGUGCGCCGUGAAUAUAAUCACUGCCAAGUCGCUUUCCUUUUUCGGAUGUCGGGUGUAGUGGGAAACCAGUCGUGUUUU